GCACAGAUAGAGAGAGAGAGCGGCGCGCGGACACAGCUCAGGUGAACGCACGAGCCUCGACGCCCGCAGGAAGAAAAAAAAACGGCGAAGAAGAAGCAGCUGCGGAGGAUCUGAGAGCAGACCCCGCGGUCCCUCCCUCUUGCUCUCCCGGUACCAUCCACCCAUCAGCGGCGAACACAUCAUCCCAGACUCGACGCUUGUUGAUAACAGCUGAUUAAGGAAGCAAGGAAGGAAGCAAGGGAGGAAGCAAGGGACGCAGGCUAGGGGAGCACCUCGCCUCGGAGAUGGAGCUGGUUAAAGAGAAGGCACCCCCAGAGCCGCAGCUGAAGGGCAUCGUGACGCGCCUCUUCAGCGAGCAGGGCUUCUUCCUGCAGAUGCAGCCCGAUGGAGCCAUCAGCGGGACCAAGGACGAGAACAGCGACUACACUCUGUUUAACCUGAUCCCAGUAGGUUUGAGGGUCGUGGCCAUCCAGGGAGUGAAGGCCGCGCUGUACGUGGCCAUGAACGAUGAGGCAUUCCUCUACACAUCUGAUGUGUUCACAUCAGAGUGCAAGUUCAAGGAGUCGGUCUUUGAAAACUACUACGUCAUCUACUCGUCCACCAUGUAUCGGCAGCACGAGUCAGGCCGGGCUUGGUUCCUGGGCCUGAAUAAGGAAGGAAUCAUCAUGAAGGGAAACCGAGUGAAGAAAACCAAACCGUGCUCACACUUUGUCCCUAGACCCAUCGAAGUCUGCAUGUAUAAGGAGCCGGUGCUGCACGAGCCCGAGGACAAGCUGCUGAAGUCCUCGAGGAGCCCCACGAUGAACAGCGAGGAGCGGGCGAGGAGCCUGGAGAGGCAGCGGCGAGCAGCGGAGUCCUCUACAGAACGAGAGGCGUCGUAGCCUGCAGCGCCACCCACAGGAGGAAGACGAGGCGAAGGUGGAGGAGGAGGAGAACUCCCAUUUUAACACUCCCUCUGUUCAGCAACAACUACAACCACACCGACGACGACAACAACCGCCAUAACAGCGACGGCGAAAACAAAGAAAAAAAGAAGCUUAAAAAAAGGGGAGGGGGGGCGGUGGGGUCUUCGUGCUCGUUAUGAAAUAUUUUAAAUCAAAUGGGGGAGGGCGAGGGGGAGGGGCCUGUUUGGAAAUGGAAAAAAAAUCAAGACGUUGAUGAUGAUGAUUUACAUUUUAUGCAAAGAGCCCUGCUGAAAUGGCGCCGAGAGGCUAGCCCACCUACUCUUCAUCGCCACAUUGUAAUCAUCAUCAUCAUUUCUGUCAUGACGAUGACAAAAUGUUUUUGCGAGUCGAGCGAGCGCUGAGAACUCCAAAGCUUUAAGCCAUGUAGAAACUUCACUUCCUUUCAUUUCUUAAUGAAUGCAAAGACUUUCGCAGUUUUGACACGCCGCGCUUCUUCUUCUUCUGCGUGAUGUUCUGUCCGGUUGGAAGGAAGACCUUUUCUGUUUCGUCUUUUUCAGCUGCCACAUCUUUACGAGCCUUUGUAGGUUUUUGUUGCAGACACUGCCGACUGAAGGAAGGAAGACGGCCGGGUCUCCAGCUCUGUGCCGAUCGAACCGCUUCCUGUGAGGGAGGUCAGUCGGGCGACCAGGUGACUGUACGCCUGAGAGAAUCAGAACAGCGUACCGGUUUGUGUUCAGGUGGUGUUCAUGUGAACUCCACAUUCCUGCUUUUUAAAAUCACUCAGCAGUUUGUAGAUCGAGUUCCUGCUUUCGCUUCACGUUGAUGAAAACCGACUAAACUUCUUUAAACACAUCCAAACGUGAAGGACUGAGUUCUAAAAAGUUUGUUCGAGGCUCAGAGAAAGAGUUUGAUCUUUCAGCCCUAAGUGUUGUCUGCAGGCUUCGUCUCAGGCUGUGUUAACGGCUAUUGCAUCUGCAGAGCAGUCUGCUUUCCCUAACAUGGCUCGUGUGAGUUACUGUUAGAGAGGCCUGCAGUCUGUGAGGCAAAACCCCGGGCAGGAAAGGUCAAAGAGAGCCGUGAGCGCAGGUGAAGGUGGGGGUGUAAUUCUGACUGUGGGGAUUUUCAGACAUGAGGCUGGUCUGAAAGUCUGAAAGAGAUCAGCAGGAAUGUGAAGUCCACCAAUAAUUUAAUAAACUGAACGCAGCUCAGUCUCUCUGUGCUGCGUUCAAGGUCUGAUCACAUGACAAGAUUUUGGGUUUUGCGGCGUUACAAGAAAUAUUGCAUGAUGUACUUUCUGUGCGCCGCCCCCGCAGACAUGGAGAGAUUUAAAUGAUUUAUUGAGACACUAACAGCCAAGUUGUGUAACUCUGAUCCGGUCUGAACAGGACUGAAGCUGAACGACGAGCCGACCGUGACCUGCCCUGUGCAGGCAUGUUGGAGCUCUGCGUGAUGAGGAUUUAACGGGUUAAAACGCCACAGCAUGCGCUCACUUUGUCUGUUAUUAACACGACUGUAUGUUUGGUUUUGAUGAGGACGGGCACACUGAGCUCUGAUUGGUUCAUUUUUUUUAUGUUGACUUGGCACGAUGUGUGUGCAACGGUUCAAGAGAGUGAAGAAAAUUUGAACUUUAAAUUUAACUUCAAGGAAAAGAUGAAAUGAUCAGUUAUUGAUUAGUGAAUCAAAAGAUUCCAGAACAGGUUUUUUUGAACUCCCUCAUGAAUAUGAAUGUUUUUGGAUAAAGAGGCUGACGCUCCCGCUUUCACUCCCUCCACCAUGAUGCAUUCAGGUGUCGGCCGAUGGAGGCUUUGGAGUGUUUCUGACACUGCCCCGCUUUGUUUAGACAAAGAGCACUGCCCUGAAAACUGUUUUACUCCAACCUCGUCUGAACUUCACACAGCUGAAAGGAAUUUCCUGUCAUCUUUCAAAAUAAAAGUCAAGAGUUUAAGAAAGAGCAGACGUACAGCUCCCUGGGUGGAUGCUCAGGAUUGAAAGUUCCCUUUAUUGUGUCCACCGCGAGUACGUUUCUUCCUUGCAUUGCUCUGUAACGGUGAGAACUUUUCCUUUCCUCAGAGUAAAGUUUAGACGUUCAGCCUGAGUUGCUGCACUGCCCUCUCCAACCUCUCAGACUUUCCUUCUUCUCACUCAGACCCUUUACUUCUCUCCGACGUUACCGGCCGAGUUUCCCAAAAAGAAAACUGGGGAAAAAAAAUUAAACAAGUCUCCAUCAAACGCGUCCUUCCUCCUGCACACCUUCUAUCACUGCCUUCACCGUUCUCAGCGGGAGAAAAUCACCCGGACUGCAGCAUGUAUGGAAAGCCAUUAGUGCCAUUAGUGCUGUGAUCCUGUCUCUGCAGCUCAUACUGUGAUUCAGCCUCUGUCGUCACGCUGGCUCAGAACAAUUUUGAGAAACUUCUGUCAUCAUAAAAUCAUUUGUAAAGACAUUUUUGAGUCAUGAAGAUCAGAGAUCGAAAACCUCGGCUCCUCCACUGCACUGUCCCUGGUUCCACAUCUACAUUGGACCAAGUCCCCAAAACAGUCCCGGCUGUUUCUUUGAUCCUGAUUCUGUUGCUGAUUAAAAUGAAGUUCUCAGAACCUGAACAAGCAGCUGCUCAUUUUAGAACCAGGCUGGGCUGGACUUACACCUUACACCAGUUUGUACCGUAAGAAGGAGCAGCAAGUCAGUGUAGUGGUAUUUAAGUAAGUUACUAAAAACACCUUAUAUGCCGAGUAAGAGAGGAACGUCUGUUGGCGUAAAGAGUGUAGGGAUAAAAAAAGAGCAACAGUUUAAAGAACAGUCACAUUUUAAAACAGUUAAAACAACAACUGCUGAUGAAAUUCUGCAUGUUUGUUACCAAAACAAGUCCCUUAACCCAGGUGUGUCCAACUCCACUCCUCGAGAGCUACUGUCCUGCAGCUUUUACAUGCAUCCCUACUCCAACACAGCUGAAUCAAAUGGUGGGAUUACCUCUUCAGCAUGCCAUCAAGUUUGGCAAAGGCCUGAUAACAAGCCAUUCAUUUCAUUCAGGUGAGUCGGAACAAGGAUGUGUCUAAAAGCUGCAGGUAGCUCUGGAGGACUAGAGCUGGACACCCCUGCUUUAAUCGAACGAGGAGCUCGGCCUGCAGAUGGACGAAAGUUUGAACUUUGAUGUGUUUGUUUUUGGGAAACUCGUCACCUCCCGCGGCCGACACCAACCUGCAGAUAUAACACUUAAACACACUCUGAGCUAAAUUCAGAUUGGUGAAGGUGGAGGGUGAAAGGAGGCGGGGUCAGGCAGGGCGUGGUUGGUGAAGUUGUAAAUGGAUAAAUGAACCAGUCACAGUGUGCUGCGCUGCCUCUGAGAAUGUCUUCCAGUUUGGGGUUCUGGGUCGGACCACGAGGACUGGAACACGAGCGGCUCGGUCCGGCACGAACGCUCUCCUCUUAAUGUUUCUGUAAGCGUCAACACAACCAAACCACUCGACAGGAAUGUUGUACCGGGUGUCUUUUCUACCACAUCCUCUGCUUCAGGCUCAGCAGGAGAACCAGAACCAGAACCGGUUUCAGUCUAACUGCCUUCAAGUUACAAGAUAAGUUCACCUCAAAAAUCAAGUGAGAGCCCGUUUGUAUGGAGGAAGCAAAGUGCCAGUCACAUAACCAAAACAUACGUCAUAAAUCUCAGUUUAUUAUCUAAGUAAAUCAAAAAUCUAGAUAGAAAUGUUUUUAUUCCCGUUUUUAGAUAAUAUUGAUGUAGUGGCCGUCUUACUUUCUUCUUAUAGUUCUCUCUUUGUCUUAUAUUUAAAAUAACCACACUACAGACGGACAAGCGACUGUUGCUUUGUUAGCAACAACGACGGAAAAACUAUCAUGUGGCUCCGCCGUCCGCUUGUUUAUUUUCCACAUAAAUCUUUCACAAUAAAGCUCAAGAUCCUUUUGAGACUUUUCAAAAUAAACUAAAAUCAUGAAAAUAUACAUUAUUCUUAAACAUCAAAUUUCAGAAUAUGCAUCAAACAAAUGACCUCAAAUGCAAACAUGAAGUAACUACAAAUGGCGCUUACAUUUGAGCUCGUAUGACAGCACGCUAGCACACGACAGCAAUGAAACAAAAGGUGAUGAAAAGAAAAUAAAUUCAACAUAGAGAGGAAAAAAAUCAGCAACAAGUUAGUAAUAAAUGUAAUAACUUUCACGGAUUUUAAAAAUAAAAAUAAUUUCUUUUUGUUGUUAACUUCAUAUAAUUUAAAUAAAAAAAUGUUGUUUUGAUUUAUUUACGUGUGACACCAGAUGAGAUUUGUCACCUUUCACAAACUCUUACAAACACCUGCGAAGAAAAGAUUUUAGUUGCGUAUCAAAUAUUUGAGAAUGUGAAAGUGUAAGAAAAACCAGAUGUGUGCGCUCGUUCGCCGCUUUAAACGUCCACAGUGUUUCUUUUGUCUCCGUGCUGCCUGUUGUCAUUUUGCUGAGACAUUCUUAACUCGAGUCUUCACAAGUUAGCAAAAAGUAAAUGCAGGAUUUCAGAUCCUUUAUUUCACAAGCACAAAAUCAGAGCGGGAACAUUUAACCAUCGUUGAUAAGACUCGCGGCGAUGGUAAUCUGCGUCACCUGAAGGCAGCAGGAGUUUGUAAACUGGUUCAUGAGAAGCAGAAAGUGUAGAAAGGACACUCUGCAGGGAAACUCUGUGUUUUGAAGCUUUCAGGGUUUGACUCUGAGGUCUCUAGAAAUUUGACAAUGGCGGUUUUAAAGUUUCCUGCUUAUAAAACUGAAAUGCUCAGUUUUUAACUCAAAAACAGUGAGAUAUUGAACCUGUAGGGGGCACUGUCGUAUCACAAAAUGAUGAUGUCAUUACGAAGCGACGCAGGCCCAGGAGGAGGGUGAACGUCACCGAGUUGCAACGUGUUUGUCAAACCUGAAAUCACUUGCUCUUUCUUUGUGUUUGCUGAUGUUUGCACCUUUUUGGACGCACCUCCAUAUAAACGCAUCAUAUAUUAGAAAAAAAUCAUUGCAAAUACGCAGCAGGAUGAAAAAAGAGUACUGAAAAAUAAAAAAAACAUA